GUCAUGUUCGCUGCUAUUGCAGAGCCAUUGAAGGAUUUGACCGUCUUAUCGAUGCAGUCUCUCGGUCAAAAUAUUCCCCAGCUCCUCCCCGUGCCAUCCACCGUGCCGCGGCAUCCUUGACCGAGAGGGCAGUUCGUCUCAGGAUUUCUCAGACUUUCUUUUUCCCCCCUCCCAUGUGUGGUCCGAGACACUGUUUCCUCCUCUUAUCCACACCCACAAUCCCAUGAUCCAACCUUUUUAUACACGAAUCGGUUUUUCGUGGGCUCGAGUGUGACCAUGAGUCGGGACUACCUCGCAUACGCCAGUAUCGCAGUCUCGGCCUUCAUCGCCUAUAGCGUCGUAUCCAUCGCUCGCCAAUACCUACGGCUCCGGCACAUCAAGGGGCCACCGAGCGCUGGCUUCUCAAAAUGGUGGCUCGUUCGCGCCGUCGGCGGCGGUAGGACGCACCUCGACUUUUAUGAGGCGUGCGAGAAAUAUGGGUCAAUAGUUCGUGUCGGGCCGAAUGAUCUCAUCACGAGCGAUCCAGAUCUCAUGAAGCGUAUGCUUAAUGUGCGGACAACUUACAAGCGAUCUAAUUGGUAUGAUGGAAUGCGACUCAAGCCUGGCCAAGACAAUGUCUUAUCCACUCGAGAUGAUGAGCUGCAUAAUAAGCUCCGGACAAAGAUGGCCGCAGGUUACUCUGGUAAGGAAGUCGAAGAUCUCGAGGCCAAAAUUGAUCAGAACGUCCUCCGACUCAUCGGUCUCCUUGAGAAAUAUGCUUCUCAAGACGAAGCUUUUGACUUUGGAGCCAAGGCGCAAUACUUCACUCUCGAUGUCAUCUCAGACCUGGCUUUCGGUGAGCCAUUUGGAGACUUGGCAACUGAUUCGGAUGUUCACGAGUAUAUCAAGACCAUGGAGCAGAACAUGCCGACGAUUCUCGUGACGAGUGUUCUGCCCUGGCUUCUGGCACUCCUCUCUUCGCCUCUUUUCAGGAGCAUGAUGCCUUCCGAAAAAGAUGCAAUCGGUGUGGGAAAGACGAUGGGCAUUGCCAAGAAAGUUGCAUCAGAGCGUUUCGGUCCAAACAAGAAGGUGCAAAAGGACAUGCUUGGAUCGUUUGUCGCGCGAGGACUUACACAAGCUGAAGCCGAGUCGGAGAUUCUUAUGCAACUACUAGCUGGCUCUGACACUACCGCGACCGCCAUUCGAGCUACCAUUCUUCACAUCAUCACAAAUCCUCAAGUAACCGCUAUGCUCCGAGCCGAAAUCGACGCAGCCAAACUGUCAUGGCCCAUUGUCUCCGAUGCAGAGGCUCGCGAGAUGCCAUACUUGCAGGCCGUCAUCAAGGAGGGUCUUCGUAUAUUUCCACCUGUAGUCGGUCAGAUGUCAAAGGAAGUCUCAAAUGGAGGAGCCGGUGAUUACUUCAAGAGUGUUCAUCUCCCAGAAGGUACCCGCAUCGGCUACUGUGCGUGGGGAAUUUUCCGCAGGCAGGACAUCUGGGGUCAAGACUCCCACGUGUUCCGGCCAGAACGAUGGCUCGAGUCCGAUCCCGAAACGCUGCGCUUGAUGGAGGGUACGCUGGAGCUUGUCUUUGGGUAUGGUCGCUGGCAGUGCCUGGGUCGAAAUGUGGCCUUGAUGGAGCUGAACAAGGUCUUUGUUGAACUCUUGAGAAGGUUUGACCUUGUCCUGGUCGAUCCAACGAAUCCAUGGCACUCAGUCUGCAGCGGUGUCUUCCUACAAUCCGAGUACUGGAUACGAGGGUACGUGAGACCGAAAGUGUAGAAGUUAGGCAUCCUUAUAGUGUCUCAAAGCUCCACGUUGUGACCUCAAGAUAGUCUGAAAGAUCGACGACCGGCUUACAACUAACAUGGAUCUACUCUGCUUGACUCUCGCAAUGUGCUCAUAAC